AUGAUGUCCCUACGCAAAUUCACCAUUGGCAGCAUGCUGGCUGUCACUACCAUGGCGGCGAUUGUUGCCAGAGGGUUCGUUGGCCAACCAGGCCCCGUCUCUGGCGACACCUUCAUCCACGACCCAACCGUGGUCAAGACGCCGAGCGGCAGUUAUCUGGCUGCGUUCACGGCAGACAACGUCGGACUCAAAACAUCUACCGACCGCACCGUGUGGCGCGAUGCUGGUUCCGCGUUCCCGAAUGGCGCGCCCUGGACCACGGCCUACACUGGCGGCGCGAAGAACCUCUGGGCUCCGGAUCUCUCGUACCAUAACGGCAAAUACUAUCUCUACUACUCGGCCUCGUCCUUUGGAACGUCCAAGUCGGCCAUCUUUCUCGCGACGAGCUCCACCGGCGCGUCUGGCUCCUGGACCAACCAGGGCUUGGUGGUCGAGUCGACCGCCACAAGCGGCUAUAAUGCCAUUGACCCCAACCUGAUUGUCGAUGCCCAGGGCAAGUGGUGGCUAUCUUUCGGCUCGUUCUGGUCGGGCCUGAAGAUCAUCGCGCUAGACUCCAGCACCGGCAAACGCUCUGGCACCAGCAUGGUCGCCAUCGCCGCUCGCCCCAACAAUGGCGGCGCCGUUGAAGCGCCCUACAUCAUCCGCCAUGGCAGCUACUACUACCUUUGGGUGUCCUUUGACAGCUGCUGCAAGGGCGCUGCCAGCACCUACCGCAUCAUGGUCGGCCGAUCCACCAGCGUCACAGGCCCGUACGUCGACCGCAACGGCGUGUCUAUGAUGCAGGGCGGUGGCACCGAGAUGAUCGCAAGCCACGGCUCGAUUCACGGGCCCGGUCAUAACGCCGUCUUCACUGAUGGCGAUGGUGACGUGCUGGUUUACCAUUACUACAACGACGCUGGAGCUGCACGACUGGGCAUCAACCUUAUCAAGUAUGAGAAUGGCUGGCCUGUCAUUUACUAA